CCGAGUCUGAUCACUGUGAUGGCUGAUGAGCAGCAGCCCCCGGGACAGCACCCUCAGCCCGGGUCUCUGCUUCCCACAGGACUGCAAGGAACCGAAAGCAGUGCAUUACAGCUGAAAAUAAAGAACUCUAUCUGCAAAUCAGUCCAAUCGAAGGUGGACAGCAUUCUGGUGAGUCUUCCUGAUUUCCGGAUGAUUUAAACCUGACGACGGUAAACAUUCGACGCAGGUCAAUACGUUAAUUAGGGCUACCACUGACGAUUAUUUCCACACUCGGAUCGAUCGGCCGAUUAUCACGGUUUUUGAUUAAGGAUGAGUCAGAUUUUCGAAAACAAACACACAAACCAAAAAAAAAAAAAAAAACGAUUCCAAUAUAGUUUAAAAUUAAAAUCGCGAUCUAAAUGCGUUUUUCAGCGCGAUUACAUUCAGCGGUAUCUGCCCCGGGGGGGGGAACCGUCACCGACGAGCACUGAGACGUCGUACCGCACACACGAGCACCCGAAGCAUGGCGAGUCUACAGAAGAAAAAGAAGAGGAACGACGUCGUCAAGCUCGCGUGAAUUUUAAAAUGACCUGCUUGUGGCGAGAGGGAACAAAGUGGUCUUAAACAAAUGUUUAAAUUCCUGAUUAUUAAAUUAGGAGGACAGCGAUCGUAUGAGACGCCAGUGACGCGUUACACACAGGGUGUGUUUAUCAAGACUGAUUUUCACACGUGAGCGGCGAUGCGUCGCUCUCCUUCGUCGGAAGGACGAAACCAACGGUUGUUAAUAUCGCUACUUUCCUUUUAACUUUGUGAGGACACGGGCAUCCGCUGCUUCUCACACAGCGUCCCCUCAAAUCACAUAAUCGAGUUAGAUAUCAGGAACAGCAAAACAUUUGUCUAGGUAAAUAAAUACAAACUGGAAACGGUCGAUUACUCUGCAUCACCGUGUGAGAGAAUGUUCCUAGUGUGUGUGUGUGUGUGUGUGUGUGUGUGUGUGUGUGUGUGUGUGUGUGUCUAUUUAUCGUCACGUCUUUGCCAGCCGUCUAUAAAAAUAGGCGGCAUGUUUGGCUCCGAGACGUCUGCGUCCAUUCUUUUUUAACCCCCACUACAGCUGUAUGAGGUCAGCGGUAGAUUAGUUUAGUCUUUCGGUAUUUAUCAGCCUUUAACGUAGAGACAAAUAGAAAAGACGAAGAUCUUUCUUAGAACACCGCACUGAUUACGACGACUGGAGAGACGGACGAGGAGCGGUGGAGAGGUGGAACAGGAGCGUGAUGGGUAAUGGUUGAAUUUCAGAUUUGAGCUCAGACCCUGCUGCAUACAAAGAGAUGGCUUUCAUUUGCAUGGUAUAUGCUCCUGACUCGCGUAUAACCAGCUCGCGGUUCAAAGGUCAAGACCUCUAAAUCAGGGAAGCCAGGAACGACAGACACAAACAGUUUCCAAUGAAGGUGUGGUACAAAUCAUCAAGUGUGUAUACAACUGUACAUCGAACACACUGGGAGGACCAAACUCACAAUCAGAACCAGAACAGCAGUCAGAACAAAGAAUACUGUCGCUACAAGGGCAAGCAACACCAACCAAACACAAUCUCCUAACACCAAAUCACAGGUAACCACCCCCGACAUCCUCCUCUCUCUCUUCUCCUCUUCCUCUUUAAAUAUGGCCGCCUUUUAGCGAUGUCAUCAUGGGAGGCGGGAGCCUGUGAAUUUCCGAAAGCUUUUUUGAGCACCGAUCAUCUCGGAUUUUCUGUAAAUCAGUACAUACUUUAAAAAAAUUCAUAAUUAAUAAAUAAAAUCACAAGCCCUGUUCGGAUUGGAUUAGUUUAUCAGUUUUGUUUUGUUUUUUAACCCUUCUCUUCAGUGAUGGAACUCUCACAUCCGGACAGCAGUAAAAUUCCCACGGCGACGGAAUAACAUUCUAGCGGGUUGUAUUUUCGGAGGUCCCGCAUGUUUGUAUCGCGUGGUCAUGUGAUCACGCGCCGUUCACAACACGGCAUCCCGGCAGUGGAGCUAGAGAAGAGACGCUGUUUUUCAUUCCACUUUUGGGGUGAACCGAAGUGUACGAGGAGCAUCUGUUUAUCGUCCUGUGGUUCAGGAAGUGUUUAAUAUAUCUGGGGGAGGGGCAGUUUUAAGAAGCCACAUAAAAUGACGUGCGUUCCAUUUCGUUAACGUGUUCACGUGUAUCUCGCGUUUAAGCGCGAUAUGUCCAGCUGACUGAGAGACGCUUUAAAACCCUUGAGCAUUAUUACACAGUCCCUCCAGGAUCUGCGAUGGCAAAAGUUAACGCAAAAUCAAGGAAACGCCGCAAUAUUCGGAGGAGGAGCUUGCAGUUUUGCGAGACACGUCACGAAAGCCGCCCCAGAAUCCAGCGUUUUUGGAGCCAACGAUCACGGACUGUUUACCUUCUCUUUACGUUACGGUUAAUGAAUCGUUUCUCUACAGCAUCUGCUUGUGCUGUAGAGAAACGCAGAGAGAGAGAGAGAGACAAACUCGUGUGUGUGUGAGUGUGUGAGAGUGUGUGUGUGUGUGUGCAUGCACUACCUUUUACUCAGACAGAAUUUAAAUCAGCUCUGCUACACCCUACCAUCUUUCAGAUUCCCUUUGAAGAGGAGUAAAGUCGAGGGAGAGGAUGAAGAUGUAGAGACGGCUUCUACAUUUUUAAUGCCACUCCAAACCUUCUGAGCCAGUGUGUGUGUGUGUGUGUGUGUGUGUGUGUGAGUGAGAGAGAGAGAGAGAGAGAGAGAGAGAGAUAACAGUUCAGUUCCUUAAGCUGAAUUCUCUGGCUCUGUGUGUGUGUGUGUGUGUGUGUGUGUGUGUGUGUGUGUUGUGAAGAUGGGAUUUUGGGGACUUUUUUUUUUUAUCUACAUUAACUUUGUUCAUUCUUUGUUCAUUUUUAAUAUUUCGAUCUUACACGUAUAUGGGAAGACAACUUUUGUUUUUCAGAAACAAAGGUAAAGGUUUCCAUAAGGCGUGUGUGUGUGUGUGUGUGUGUGUGUGUGUGUUUCCUGCAAAACGUUGAUUUUUAAAAUGAUUGGCACCCUUAUUAUUAAUAUUCGGUACAGCUUUCCCUAGCGAGAGCAACAACAAAUAGUCUCUCGCUAGAAUAUGGAACGUGAUGGGAGAGACUCGUCGAGGAUUGUUGGUCCACUCCGUCAUGAGGAACCCUUCGAGAUCCUUCAUCCUGUGCAGAAAGAAAUGCAGAUAAUGGGAUUAACAGAUUUACACAUUUGUACGCACUGCACAGAGAAUACACUCGAAACAUAACUCCACGUCCUCGGGUCAGGCCUAGCCAUACACAAAACAAAGCUCACAGAGUGUGUAUUAUUCGUAUCUCUCCAUCACUGUGUAUACUUGAGGAUUCCUUAGAAGUUCUGAAAUCAUUACACGGCGUAUCAAUGGAAAAAUAUCUGCUUCUAUUAAAAACCAAACUACACAAUCUUCUUCCACAAUUUCCCUUCCACGGUUUCUUCACGUUCUAGCCCUUGUUUGUGUUAAUAAUUAGACACGUCGUUAGAAACAGGAGCAUUUUCACUGACUGUCAAACAUGUGUAUCAAAAAGGGCCGAAGCUAGGUGUAGACCUCGUAGUGUUAAUGUCCUCGCUCUUCGUUCCCUGUCCUUUUGCAGCAAGAUGUGGAGAGGUUUACAGACAUUGAGAAACUUUACCUGUACCUCCGGCUGCCCUCGGGCCCCAGCGGCAGCUGCAGCAGCGACAAAAUACAGACGUGUCUUGUGGUGUGUGACAUGAUUACGGAAUGGCAGAAAAACAGUGAUUAUGUCGUAUCUCCAGCAGCGAGCAGAGCUGCGUGUCUUCGAGCCGCGUGCAGCAGAUGCACGCGUUCAGCUGGAUUCGGAAUCACCUGGAGGAGCACGCAGACACCUCGCUUCCCAAACAGGAAGUCUUCGAUGAGUACAAGAGCUACUGUGACAAUCUGGGCUACCACGCUCUCAGUGCCGCCGACUUCGGAAAGAUCAUGAAGAACGUUUUUCCCAACAUGAAGGCGCGCCGGCUCGGCAUGAGGGGCAAAUCCAAGUAUUGCUAUAGUGGCCUGAGAAAGAAACCGUUCAUUCACAUGCCAUCUCUUCCAAAUCUGGAUGUACACAAAGCAGGAGAUGGGUGUGAAGGGUUUGAACCUACUGGGCAGAACUCCAGCGGGGAGGAUGAGAUUCGCUCUGCUGCCUGUGAUCUGGUGUGCGAGUGGGCUCAGAAAGUGCUGAGUCGUCAGUUUGUUAGUGUGGAGGACCUGGCACGCUUCCUUCUGAACAGCCACUACAUAAGCACCAAGUCUGUUGCUGCUCUCACCGUGAUGACAGGAUCUCCUUCCGGAGCCCCAAUGUCUGUUCAGUCAUCUGCGUUCAUGCCCACAACUGAUGCCCACUCGUUCCAGCCUCAGGUCAAAACACUGACAUCCCCUUCCAUUGAUGCCAAGCAGCAGCUCCAGAGAAAGAUCCAGAAGAAGCAGCAGGAACAGAAACUUCACUCCCCACUUCCUACUGAAGCUCAGGGCAGGAGAGCAGAAGGGGUCACUACUCCAUGUGCAAGCACAGGAAUCCCAUGUGGAAGCCCUGCUCUACUUUCACCACAGCCCACCAUCGGCAUCGUGGUAGCCACAGUUUCUAGCCCAGUUACGGUUCAAAGAAGCAGGCAGUUGAUGUCUCCCAGCCCAGUUCCUGUGGCAACAGUGGAAAGCAAGGUGCUCCCUGUCAAUUUUCAGGUGGUUACACAAUCAGUUCAGCCUGUGAACCGAUGUCCAAAGACUCCUCAGAAUGUCCCUGCAAGUCCUGUUGGUGAUCGUACCGCUCGCCAUCGCUACGCCCAAAUCCUGCCUAAACCGGCUACAACUAGCACAAUCACGCUACGUUCACCUCCUGCGCUCCUUAUCACCAAAAGUUCCAUCAAAACUGUCAUACCGACACCCAAGAACAGCUCUGUCAACUUUAUGAAAAUGACAGCCAUAUCUCUGGGGCCCAGCAACAGCACCACCAGCACUGCUGCCACCACAGCUAGGCCUGCGUCUGCAGGAGUCACCAGCCGUAGUGAUGAUCUCCAGCCUGUUACACGUGUCCGUAGCGGCUCAAUUGCUGCAAUGCCAUUGACACUAUCAAAGCCAGGACAAACAACCACAAAACCAGCGGUCAACAUCAAGUUGGAUGUUGUUGAUGCUGUAGUGCGAGCAAGAGAAGCUCAGAGUGGGACAACUGGUGGGGGUAUGCAAGUAGAAGGAGUAUUCAAACCCAGAGCUGCAAGUGUGCCUACACCUCUAGCGAAAAUCUCUGCGGAAUUGGACAGGCAAUCGGGGAACAAAUUUAAUGGUCAGAUGCUCCCUAAUGAAAGCAAUUUGGCUGCUGGCAGCAAUAAUAAUCCCAUUGAAAGCACUUUGUAUCAGGACAUAGCCAAUCAGAGUACCAGUAGUGCUCCAACAACAAGUAUUAACACAUUUAUGACACCACCCAAGGAUGCAGAGUUGGCAUCUCCAAGCCCUCGCAAAAGGCAAGGCUUACACCCAGAUUCCGGCCUGACACCUGUCAAAAAAAUUUACAUUUCUGAGGGAAGUGAAGAUGCAAAAUUGGCUAGGAAAAUUGCAGUGAAGAAUGUUUCCAGAUCAGACACCCCUGAAGAAAGUGAACUUUAUUCAGCUGCUGGAAAAGUUAUGAUGAAGCUUACCUCCAGUGCUCCUACUCGUAUCCUUACAUUCUCUGAUAGUCCAGUUGGAAAUACUGGCUUCCAGACUGUCUGCAGUUCUCAAAACAUCUUGCAGGGACAAUGGGAAGGGUCCUCCUCUAAUGUAAAAAAUAUCACUGCUGGUACCACAGCUGUGAGUGCUCCUUGCCAGGAUUAUCAGGUCAGGAAUACAAGCUUUCAGACCUUUAACAGACCACAGAGUGUUUCCCAAGGACUCUGGGAAGGGUCUUCAUCCAAUACGAACAGCAAGCCAAUAGUUACUCGCACUGUUAGCGCCCCAGGUCAGGCGUUGAUACAGCAGCAUGCAAACAAAAAUACCCAAGCCAUGCAAGUAGGUAUGGAGCAGUCUAGCUCCUCUGCAGUAUGUGAACUGAAUGCUGUGCUUUGGAAUAAUGAGCAACAAGAUGGCAAUCAGCAACAAAUUUAUUCUCACCAGGGGACAGUAAAAAACAAGCAAAUGUCCACUUCUGUUAUGGAGCCUCCUGUGAUGACUCGACCUAUUGCCACAGGCCAGCUAGUGCAGAUGACUACUGAUAUGGUGGAACAUGUCUCAUCUCAGCCCCAUGUGGGUUACUUCCCAUUUAAUGAUGAUGAUAUGACUCAGGACAGUAUAGUAGAGGAGCUAGUUCAGAUGGAGGAGCAGAUGAAGAUGAAUAGUUCCAUGCCAAACUUUGAUGGCUGUGAGGACAUGGCACUGCAAUGCCAACAGGCUGCCUUGCAGAACAGCAUGAUGUCCAGUCACCAGGCCAGCACUUCUUGCUACAACUUGGCCAACACUAGUAGCACACCUAUACACACCCCCACCCACAGCGCAGAGAUGAUAGGAAUGGGGCAGGGAUUGACCCGUGAGAGCCCCUGCUCACAUUUUGCCCCCACCACCCCCGUGGACAGUGCUCUGGGAAGCAGCUGUCAAACCCCAAUUGGAACACCACACUCAAACUGCAGUAGUGGCAUUCCGCCCAGUCCUGUUGAGUGUAGGAACCCAUUUGCCUUUACUCCUAUCAACUCCAACAUCACAAGUUACCGGGACGGCAGCACUAUCUCGUCAAGCCCGGUCAAGCCCAUGCAAAGACCAAUGGCCACCCACCCAGAUAAAGCUAAGCUGGACUGGAUGAAUAAUAACUACAAUAGCACUAGUAGUAAUUCCAACAGUGGAAUUAGUAUUCUGCCCAACUAUCAGAAUCUGGUGGAUAACCAGUUCAGGAAACCUCAUGCUUUUGCCAUUCCUGGCCAGACAUAUCCAUCACCAGUCAGGCACCAUGACAUGCACAUAAGUCGCUUGACACCUAUUUCACCAGUCCAGCAGCAGGUGGCUAGCAUGGCAAACCUUAAUAAACAGGAAGGAUUUGCUGUUCCAGCCCCACUUGAUAACAAAACCAGCAGUUCCUCCUCUGGAUCAUUCCGCUGCCGCAGUGUCAGUCCAGCAGUCAGGCAGCGCAACCUGAGUGGAACCCCAAAUCCCAAUGUCCGCCGUUAUGUGGCCUCUCCUUUUAAUUCACCAGUGACACCGGAAGUGUUGAACAUCUUUGCUAAUAGUAAAGCAAAUACUAGCAUUAGUAGUAUGGUGCAGAGGAGUCAGUCUGUGCCGGUUAACGUGAUGAUGCAGACAGAGGUUUUGCCCAUGCAAGCUGGUGGGCAGAAAAGCAACACUAAAAACAUUACCAAUGUCCUGCUCAACAAGAUGGAUGGUGAUGGAGAAAAUGUGCUACGUGGACUUGGCAUGAACAAUAUGCCAUCCAGUUACACUGCUCGCAUGAACCUCUCACAAAUCCUGGAAACAACCGCUGCUUCUAGUUUCCAUGCCAGUGCCAAUCACCAGGCUAUGAUUUCGCCUGGCUCCUCAGCUUACAGAUUUACAAAGCCUGCUUACCUCAUGAAGAACAAUGGAGGGGAUCAAAUAAGCUUCUCUGCAAGAGAGGCCCCAAGGCAGUCAGUCUCAAAAGAGAACAAGCAGCUAUCUGAAGAGCAGCAGAAUCAGGCCUUGAUGGUUCAACCACAGCAAGACCUCCAGCAACAUCAGCACCAGCAGUCUUUCCUUUUCAAUACGACUGAUAAAGACCUGUUAGAUGAAGACAGCUUGAACGCCAUCUCACAGCUUCCAGGCCAGGCGACCGAAUUUGGCACUGGAGGUUCAGAGUUUCCUGGUGAUAUGCAACUGACCUCUGAACUGUCCAGUAGCAUGAAUGAUUUAAACACUUUAGAUGCAAACCUUCUCUUUGAUCCAGCAGCAGGUCAGCAGCAAGUGCAGUAUGAAGAACCGACACUGGAGGAACUGAAGAAUGACCCGAUUUUCCAACAGAUUUGCAACGAGACUGUGAAUUCUGCUGGAUUUGAUUGGUUGGAGAGCAAGGACCAGACAACAGUGGAAAUGUUGGGUUAAUUUCUAGCUUGCGUUGUUUUGAUAAUUAACGGCUUUCAUCUAUAUAUGUGGUUUUUAGCGGAAGUUCUCUAAGUGUUUACACAAAGCAAAUUGCUGGGCUCAGUUCCUGGGUUGAACAGAAAUUAUCCCUUUUUUUCCUCAGAAUGCUGGUUCUUUUUUUCCUCCAAAAUUGUCAUGUGUGCCUCUGUUUUUUUUUUUUUUUGUGGUGCUGUCACGUUCGAUUUCUCUCCACACACGUUCAAAUGCUGGAAAGAGAAAUGAAAUUUAACCAGGGUUCGAGUGUCUCGAAGAAAUUAGUUUGUACAGCUUCCAAGAAAUUCUGUGAAAUUACAAAUUGAUCAUUUUACAGUUUACCAAAAAGCAAGGGAUAUUUCUGCACACCUUGCAGGCAAGGUAUCUUUGUGUAAAUAAAAUUAAAAUAGAUUUUUUUUUUUUUUUUUUUUAAAUGUUUACUUCUUAAUGCAUAACGAACUUCAAUUAAGACUUCAGGCUGUCUGAUAUACUGUGAUUCAUUCAGUCAUUUAUGUCCAAUAGGUGCUUCCAGGUGCAUAAAUUGAUAACACGAUAGUAAUAAAUAAAUAUAUGUAUUACCUAAAAGGGUGGGAAUAUAACAAGUCAGAACGUUAUACCUGCUGUCUUUUUAUAUAUUGUAAUUUAUAUUGUAAAGCUAUAUAUAAUAUAUAAUAAUAUAUAUAUAAAAUAUGGCAAUUGGCACUUACACAACAUACAGUGCAAAAUUUUAAUGACUUUUAAAGUCCAAAGAUGAACAGUAUUGGUUUUGUAAUAAUAAUUGGCUUGCUAGUCAUUUGUAAAUGAAUCAUUUCUUUGAAUUCAUAUAUAUUACUUUCAAUUCUCCCUAAUUUUUAUCUCAGGGUUCCCCAAGUUCUAGCUGAGGGAUAAAAAUUCAAUAAAUGAUGCAUAGAACCAUUAGAGUUUUGAAAACAAUCGUUAAAAAGCUUGAAUAUUUGCACUAGAAGUCACAGUUUGUGUAUUGCCAACGUGUUAGGGAAAUCCAAGCUGCCUUUUCUUUCUGAAGGCAUGAAAGACAAUUGUUUAAGAGACAAAUUAAGGGCAUAUUCUUCAAGCUUCGAUCGAGACAUCACCGGAGCAUGAUGAACACGACUGUUGUUCAUUUUAAUGUGUGCACUCACUGUAUUUUUCAAAAAACCUUUAAAACUAAUAACUACAAUUAUUCCUGAUUGUUAAAGAUGAACAGCCCUCUUGAGUAUCAAGUCCAAAUUUAGAUCUUGAAUAAAAUUAAUAGGAAUUUUAAAAAAAAAAUGUCAGUAAGAGAUUUUAUUCAGGAUUAGUCUAUAGAUUUGAUUAUAUAUGCAUUUUUACAUUAGUUGAUCAGCCACUUUUUUUUUAGUUUAGUGGCGCACCCCUCCCCCCCUGCUUUUUUUUUGUAAUUGAAUACGUAAACUUUACAUUUUUAUGUAACCUUCUUAUAUCUUCAAUGUUUUGCAAAAGGAAAAAAAAUUAUUUAUAUCAAAUAGAUUGAUUUGCCAUUGUAAGAAGUGCAAUGUUGUGCUGAAUAUUUUUUAAACUUUACUGUAGCAAUUUGUGACUUUUUUGUGUUUAGUUACUAUCCUUGCACUGUUACGAAUUAAAUCUCACAUUAAAUAACAUAGGAGGAGUACCACUAUGCCAUUGGUUAGAACUUAAGCUGAGAAUUUGAACAAGUCAUAGCUAACAAAAUGAUUGGGCUCCGAAAAUAACGUAAAGUUUUAUGCACUAUACAAAAGAUUGUGUUGAAUUGGUAUACAGCAUGUUGCUGAUUUUCUUGUGCCUGAUGCAAAAAUACAAUGUCAAUUUGUGAUGAGGUCUCCACAAUACAUCUUAGCCUUACUGUCCCUCCAUACCAAAGAAAAGCUCUGGAAUUUGAGGGGAUUUUUUGUUGUUGUUGUUGGAAUUUUAUACUCCUUUUAUCAUAAUUUGAAAAUUUGAAAAAAAAAUUUUGUUUUCGAGGCAUUUUCGUAGGCACUCAAUUUUUUUUUGUAAUUUGUAACAUGCAAUCUGUCAUGUAGCACUGAAACUUCUACUAAAAGAAUGUUUAAAAAUCACACUACUGGUAUAAUUUGUAAAAUGGAAAAAAAAAAUACAUAUAUAACUGUAGCAGUGCAAAAGACUGUUAAAGUACUCCGCUGAAUUUAAGCGCGUUUUAAUAUAUCAAACGUAUAUGUGAGGAAUCACAGGCACUGUUUAAUGUCGUUGCUGUAGUUAUUGUUGUCGCCGUUGUCGUUGUUAUUAAACUGUUCAACGUGUAUUUAUCAGAAGCCAGCAAAUGUGUAACCUGCCUGAGGAAUUAGUCCUCAUGUACAAAAAGAUCAUUAAAUGUGUUCUUAUGUAUUUAGUUUUGUUUGUUUGUUUGCUUGUUUAUGCUCUGUAUUUUAAGAACAAUGAGAAAACACCACGUAUGAUUAAAGAUGCUGUGUCAGGUAACAUAUCUUUCUGUCAUGGAAUCUGGAAAUUCAACAUCGUAAAUUGGUCAAAGCUUUAAAGCUUGGUUAUUACUGUUAACCCCAAGAUAUUGUUCUAAUAGUUUUUUAAAGCUUGAAAGAUCAAAAAAGUGAUCCGAAAAUAAAUAAAUAAAUAUCCCAGAGUGGUUAAUAUAACAUGGGGGAAAUUCUUUGCUUACUUUUUUCUGUACAUUUUAAAAGGCUUGUUUAGUUUAUGCCCCCCCCCCCCCCCCCCCCCCCAUCAUUAUAAGCUGUAUGUUAUGAAGUUUCUUUUUGUUUCUUUUUUUUUAACUAUCAAUGUAGUCGAUGUUUAUUUGGUCAUAGGCCAGAACUGUGGCUAUUAUUCUGUGAUAUAAAACUUAUUAUCUUUACCCCUUUGUGGUGUUAAACGCUGUACAUAUGACUUGCUUCAUAAAGUUGCUAUGACAUUUUGGAAAGUUUGUUCUCUCGUCCUUUUUGCACUGAAAGUGGUCACCGACUUAUUUUAUGUGACUAAUAAACAUUUUGUAAAGUAA